CCUAUAUUCCAUAACUUCCGAUCUAAUCACUCACACAAUACGUAUACACACUCAGAACAAUAAUAUUGCUUGUGGUACUACGACACACGUAACACAUUCGUGUUAUCAUGUCUUUUAAGUUUAAAACCACUGUCGUGACCGUGGUUAUUACGGUGUUGUUGCUGGCCGUUAUCUGUAGCGGCAAGGCCACGACUGAUGAAAUUAAGUACGAGGAUGCGAAAACGAAGGCGGCGCGUGUUAGAGACGAUGCGGUUGAGGCGGGGAAAGAAGCGAAAGAGUCAACCGAAUCUUGGGCCGGGUGGGCCAAAGAUAAAAUAUCUGAAGGCCUUGGCCUCAGUACUGAGGAGGCCAAGGAUGCAGGGCGUCGGGCAUCUGAUGCCACUGUUGAUUCAGCCAAGUCCACCAAAGACAAGAUCACCGGAACUGGAGAAUACACUGCGGAUAAAGCUGAAGAAAUGAAGAGCUAUGCUGGUGAGAAAGCAGGAGAACUGAAGGAAAAAGCUUCCCAGUCAGCGGAAUCUGCAAAGGAGACCGCGUACGAGAAGGCGCAACGGGCUAAAGAGGGUGUAGAAUCGAUUAAGGAUGCCGCCUACGAUAAGGCGCAAAUGGGGAAAGACAAGGCCCCGGACACAAAGGAUGCUGCAGGGUCCGUGAAAGACGCGGCCUACGAAAAGGCCCGUAGUGCAAAGGAUGCCGCAGGGUCUGCUGCGGGGUCUGUUAAGGACGCAACCUACGAUAAAGCUCGUAGUGCGAAGGACGCUGCAACGUCUGCUGCUGAGUACGUUAAAGACGCAACCUAUGAGAAGGCUCGUAGCGCUAAGGACGCCGCAGCGUCUACUGCCGAUUCCGUUAAAGACACGACCUAUGACAAAGCUCGUAGCGCGAAGGACGCGGUGGGGUCUGCUUCGGAGUCCAUUAAAGAUGCCACCUAUGACAAGGCUAGUAGCGCGAAGGACACAGCGGGGUCUGUGAAAGACGAGACCUACGAGACGACUAGAAGUGCGAAGGAAGGUGCGGAAUCAAUGGCGGGGCAGGCCAAGGAUAAGGCGUGGCAAGCAGCGGAGAAGGCGAAGGAGGUGGCAGCGGAAAGUGGUGAGGAAAGCAUGGAGUGGGCAGAAUGGGCGAAGGAGAAGGCGAAACGCGGUUUAGAAUCUGCGAAAGAGGCGUUGGGGAAAAAGUACGACGAGGCCGCGGAGCCGCAUAGGCAGAAAGCCAAGGACUUCAAGGAAAAUGUGAUACUAGGUCAAAACGAAGAGCUUUAAGGCAUAUAAAGAAUGGAAGUUAGAAUGUUGUUAUGUUUGUUGUAUGUUAACAAUGUGGAUUGAAUUUUGUGACGGAUGUAUACAAUGAUGGUUUUAUGUUUGUAUCAUGGUUUUAUGUUUGUUUUUAUUGUACAACAUCAAGUUUCUACUAGGAACGUUUUUAGUAGUAAUCAACUUGGGAAGGUUUGUUCGAA